AUCGGCGUGAAAGGGGUGAAAACGCGUGCCGGUACCCUGGAUCAGUGAUUUCGCCGUGAUUACCAGCUUAAUUGAUCAGGCUCGGCGGUUUCAUCGGAUUUGUGGUUGGGCCUGGAUUUGGUAUUAAGAAGGAUGGGUUGGACACUCACCGGUCUUGGAGUGGCGUUAAUCAUCGUCGUCAUUGCUGGCGCCGCCCUGGCGCUGUGCAGAAGGUAUUGCAUUGGCUGGCAAUGGAGCACUAGAAACGUUUGGAACGUCUGCGAGGAGUGGCGACAGAGGCUGUCCUGGUUGUGGGCACCGCGGGAAGAGAAGGUUGGUUUGGUAAAAGCACAAUAUCCAACGGCGCAAACGAUCCCUGGAUUGUAUCGACAACCUGGAAACGCAUCCCAAUUGCUCCAUAGCGACAGCGAUCUCAGACUCAACGAGCAAGGCGCUUUUACCAGAUUCGAGCCAGUGGACAGAGAUCUACAUCCGCCUCUGGGCGCUACCGGAAGCACGAUCCCUCCACAACCGUUGAGGCCAGCGCCUCAACCGAAUCCAAUACCUCAACCAAAUCCAGCGCCUCCGCCAAAAUCAACGGCUCGUCCAAGGCCUCCGCCCCUUCAGACCACGAACACCGUAAACUACCUGAGAAUGCAGGAGACUGGUCCGGGCCCAUUAACUCCGCCGCCGUCGUUACAAGGGUCGAUUCCCUCGAGGUCGACCGGACCCUCGUUUUUUCAUUUCCAAGCGAAACCAAAGAACUACGGGCUGUACAAAACAUCGAACGAUCACGUUUCGCCGUUUGGAUUCGAGGACGAUACCACGAAAUCCGUGACAGAGAGCAUUCAGAUGACUCCGUACGGCGCGCAGAAUCACGUGGACUCGAGGCUGAGAUACGACCUCGAGGAGGAGCGAAGGAAAGACGCCAGGUGCAAUCCAUACAGACAAUUCGAUGCCAACAUGGAGUCGACUAGGAUCAGAUACGGGGUGGACGGUGCUCCUAUAGCUACCUUGGACGGUAAAGGGGACGAGGAGAGUAACACGAGCUACGGUAGCUACGACAUCGUGCAAAGGAGUCACAUGAUACGCCAGCAUGUCAGGAAUGAUUCGAGAGUCACGCAGAGCAGUUUCGGAAUGACGAAUUCUUCGAAUGCCGCCAGCCAGACCAUCAUGGAAUCGAUAUACGGGCACGAGGCGCUGUCCAAGAUGCUCCAGAGCACUCAGAAUCUCGGCAACAACCUCGAUCACAAGAGCAACGAGUUGCAGAGCAUCGAGAUGACGCCCUUCAGGAGUUCCAACGUUCUUCAGGACGACAUCGGCUCGUCCUAUUUGUUUCGCGAGUCGCAGGGCCUGCAGAAGGUCUCCCAAUACAUUCAGAGCCUGCCCGAUCUUCCUAUUUACGAUUCGAUGAAUGAGCUCGCGCGACAGCAAGAUCAAGAGCACGUGUUGUACGACGACACGAUUCCAGAGUCGAUCGAUGGGCUGAAAUUCAACAGCGAAUCGGCCUCCAGCCCGGUACCGCCGCCACCCGCGCCGCCCGACCCGCCGAAAGACGUGCCAAAAAAGAACGGUCCGACCACCGGGGAGAAAAUAUUUAACGCGUUCAGAUUGGUCACAUCGCAAAGUUACAUCGACGCGUCGAAAUUUUACAACUCAGUCCUCUCCGCGCCGGAGCAAGUCCAAUGUUUCACGUUUCCGUCGAGAUCACCGUCGCUGGUGGAGGACAGCAUCAGCAAUCAGUUGCAGGACGAAGUCCAGGAUAUUUAUACGGAACAUGACGCCGACGUAAUAGGUCCCGACGGUUCCAGGCGUAGCUUGGAUCUAUACAGUCCCGAGCUUAAUUUGGAGGCUCACCGAACAGCUCAAGAAGUGUACAAUAGUUUACAAAAUCCCCCCUCUUCGCCGCUGCUGCUUAAGGAUCACGAUCAAGAGAUAUGCAGCUACGAGUCCGAUCCUAGUUUCACGAGAACCUCAGAGGACAUUCUGAAUAGUAUCGAGCAGAGGAGGAAAAGUAUGGAAAGGCAGAACGGUAUUCUCAGCGAACUCAACGAGUUGGAUGAAGCUGACUCAAAACAAAAUAGCCAAGAAUUUUACGCCGCGCAGGAAGAGCUGUUGUUGCGAAAAUCGUCUCAGAACUGGGAGGACGCUUUCAAGGUGAAUUACACAUUGAACGAUCUUAAUGAAAUCAGUCGCGGUAGUCGUCGUGGGCCCCAGGGUCCGGAACCAGAGCCUCCACCGGACGAAUCGGUCAUGAAGAGGGCCAUAAGCUGCGAGAGCGUGUGCUCGGAGACUAGCGUAGUUCUUAACGACCUCGAAGAGAGACCUAUCGCCGGAUACGUCUGCGUCACAGUUGAGUACGAUAGAUUGAGCGGCCGAGGAUUCGACAACGAGGGCGAUCUCGUGGUCAGUGUUCGCGAAGCCAAGGAUCUCGUGACGCCAGACGGUCAACCCGCGAGGGACACUUUCGCCAGGGUAUGUCUGUUACCCGACAGACAAUCCUCCUGGAAAACUAGGACUUACAGAGGAACUUCGUCGCCCUGUUAUCAGGAGAAAUUCUUGUUCGGCCUUCACGGUGGUCCCACGGGUAGAACGCUUCUUAUCGAAGUUUUUUCCGACGAGACCAGUAUAGGUGGCGACGAGACUCUUAUUGGAGAAUCUACGUUACCGCUCGAACCUCCGCCAAGGGGUACGGGCACAACAACGACCUGGUUGCAACUCGCAGGAUCGUAUAUGCCGUCGCCACGAUUAGGGGAGUUGAUGUUCUCUCUGAGCUACUCGCCAACAGCGGAAAGACUCACUUUAGUUGUUGUAAAAGCUAAGAAUUUACGCGGAGCUAGUAGCGUGCCCGGGGACUUUUUUGUUAAGGUGUACUUACUUCAGCAAGGAGAAAAAGUGCACAAGAAGAGGACAUCUAUAAAGAAAGGAGAGAAUAAUCCGAUUUUCAACGAGUUCAUUAUUUUCAAUGUGCCCACUCACAUUCUGGAGAGUAUACAAUUGAGAUUGAAAGUAGCAGAAAUUAAUAGCGAACAAGGCAUGAAACCGAUCUCCGUCGGAUACAUCGUCGUCGGACCCACGUCGACCGGAAGAGCACUUCACCAUUGGAAGCAAAUGUUAGCUGCUUUCAGGCAUCCUGUCCCCAUGUGGCAUCCGCUCAGGAAGUGA